AUCUAGACAGAAUCCCUAUCGGGAAACAGCUGAACUUCCUACUGUCAACGUAAAAACUGAAAAGCGAACAGAAAACAAAAGCAUCGCAUUAAAGAAAAAGGCAGACGUUUGGGAAAAAAAGGAUUUUCAUUUUCAACGAACACAUUUGAAAAAGGAACGAAAAUGUCGGACGGUUCAGCUUUCCAGAGUGCUCCCCAAUCCAAACAUUUCAAAUCAAUUAGACGUCCUAUGUUUACGCCUGGAACAUUUGAUGGAAAAAUUGCAUUCAUUACUGGUGGAGGUACUGGGCUGGGAAGAUGUGUUGCGCUGUACCUGAGUACUCUAGGAGCACAGGUCGCCAUCGCAAGUCGAAAACUUCCAGUUCUUCAGAAAACUGCUGAGGAAAUCUCAAAUUCCUCUGGCAACAGAGUUCUUCCUAUACAACUAGAUAUUAGGGAUCCUGCUUCAGUCAAACAAGCAGUGGAUACCUGCCAAAAUGAGUUUGGACUUCCAAAUAUUAUAAUAAACAAUGCUGCUGGAAACUUUGUAUCUCCAACUGAAAGACUAUCAACAAAUGCUUGGAAAACAAUCAUUGACAUUGUGCUGAAUGGUACAGCUAAUGUAACUCUUGAUAUUGGAAAAAGACUGAUACAAGCAGGGAAAGGGGCUGUAUUUUUGGCUGUUACCACUCCAUAUACUACACAUGGUUCAGGCUUUGUUUGCCCAAGUGCAUCAGCAAAGGCUGGAGUAGAAGCCAUGAGCAAAUCUUUAGCUGCUGAAUGGGGUAGAUAUGGAAUGAGAUUUAAUUGCUUAUCCCCUGGACCUUUUGAAACUGAAGGAGCUUUCAGCCGUUUGGAUCCGACUGGUCAGUUUCGUUCCGCGCUGAAGGAUCAAAUACCUGUGGGGCGAAUGGGGGAUAUAGAAGAAGUGGCAAACUUGGCCUUGUAUAUGACGAGUGAUUUUUCCAAUUGGCUGAAUGGAGCUGUAAUUCAACUAGAUGGAGGAAAGCUUCCUUUUACAGCCGGCGAUUUUAAUGCUUUAACACAAGUAGAAGAAGAACAAUGGAAUUUGAUGGAGAAGAUUAUUCGAGGUGCUAAUGAAAAAUCGAAGUCUAAGUUGUAAUUUUAACUUACGAGUUUCAGUAGAAAUUUGUUGUUGCUCGAUAUUAUUAUGAUCCACUUUAUCGUCAGAAAGCAUAUAGCCUUAAAGUAUGCCGGCAAUAAAUCUGAAAUAUUUUUCUUACGAGGCUACAUUAGUGUAGCUAAUUAAAUACAGAGAGCUAAGUUAGACAAA